AUGUCGAAGCUCACCGACGAGUACCAAGUGAGCCUGUGCACAUCAGCCGCUCAGCUUCGAGGCGCGUGCGAUGUGCGGCUCGAGGUGUUUGUCCAGGAGCAGGGCUUUGCGCUUGCCGACGAGAUCGACGAGUACGACCCGCUCGCAGCGCACUUUGCGCUCACGCACACCUCGCAGCCCGAACGCGUGCUGGGCACGAUUCGACUGCUGCCCUACCCUCUACCGAUCCCCAAGCCCGACGGACCGGGAACGGAGCCGGACGCUGCAUCAUCGUAUCCGCUCGGUGGCAGUCGGAGCGCAUCGGCGAUAGCGGGCGACUUUAUCAGUGCCGCAUGGACACGUUCUCACCCCGUCUCGGGCCGCCGCGAUCCCGCCGAUACCCAUGCCGAGGAGGAGCAGACGGAAGCCAAGGUUCCCGAGCUGGGUGGAGCGAAGCUCGGACGGCUUGCACUGCUCAAGGAGGUCCGGGGCAAAGGGCUCGGCCAUCGUCUCGUCCGUGAAGCCGAAGCAUGGCUCGUCAAGGCACUCGAGUCCGACGAAGCACAACGUCAGGGCGCUUUCGGUCCAAUGCCCAGCAAGCAAGGCGCCGACGCCCCAGCUGUUGCCAAGGACGACCAGAAGCUCGACAGCAUCAUCAUCAAGCUCAGCAGCCAGAUCUACGUGAUUGACUUCUACAAGAGGCUGGGCUACGUGCCUGUUGGCGAUCGCUACGACGAAGACGGCGCACCGCAUCAGCUGUGCUGCAAGCAGAUCGCCCUCGCCAAGAGCGGGUAG